AUGGCCCGCGCUCUCGCUCUCGCCGUCGCCCUCCUUGUCGCCUCCGCCGCCGUGGCCUUCGCCGCGGAGGCCCCGGCCGCCUCGCCGAAGCACUCGGCCUCGGGCUCAUCGGCCUCGCCAUCGAAGGCGCCCGCGGCAGCCGAGAAGUCCGAGAAGGCCCCCGCGGCGACCCCCAAGGCGGCAACCACCGCCAAGGCCCCGGCCUCCAAGUUAGAGACCGCGCCUUCCGAGGCGCCCACCUCCGAGUCCGGUGCCGCGUCACCUAGCGAAAGUACCGCGUCGAAGGCGUCCCCCGCCGGUGCCCCCGAGAGCGAAACGUCCGGCGGCCCUUCCGCGUCCUCGUCGGAAGAGAGGAGGCACGUUUCUGAGGAAUACGGGUGA